CAUUGGUUGCCAUGCUGGACACCACGAUAGAUGACCCCCACUUACAGCUUAACCCUGGCCCAAGCUACCGCCUCAAGACCUCUGACAUGUGCUUCUACAUCAGUGUCGCAAAGGAGGAAUACUCCAAGGUGCAGCUAGACACCAUGAAAGACGAUGGGACGAAGUCAGUAAGGGUGAAAACUACGGAGCGAACAGCCUCUGAUCUGCAGGGUCACGUAAAUUCUGAAGAGGAGGAGGAAUAUGGUGAGGAAGAGAGUGUCUUCAGUACCCUAACUCUGCAUAAAGGCUUUGAGCUUGCAAAUCGUGUAAAACGUGCGACGUUCUUAUUGGGAGAUAAGAGCAUACCGUCCAAGGAAACGGAACAGAAAGUCAUCACAAACAGCGACAACAGCUGUCGAUCCAGUUCCAGUAAUGGACAACCGAUCACAUCCAAUGGAUGCUUAGAGGAAUCCAGGUUCAAAGUUACCCAGGUUAAUCUGUCGGCGGAAUCGCAAUUGCAAAGGCGUGGAACAGGAAUUAACCUUACGGCGGAAUCGCCAUUGCAAAGGCGGGGAACAGGAAUUAACCUUUCGGCGGAAUCGACAUUGCCAAACCAUGGAAUAGGAGUUUACCUGUCGGCGGAACCACCAUUGCUUAGGCGUGGAACAGGAGUUAACCUGUUGGCGGAAGCGCCAGUGCCAAGGAGCGUAACACCCGUCGACUUUCACCACGUGGAGGGGACAUAUCCUUCCAAGAAAGAUCAAGUGCUCGAUAAGUUCCUGGACAUGGAUCAGGACAAGUUUAUCACUGGCCCGUCCCCAGUAACCCUUUACGUUGGAUCAAAAAGGGCCAUAUGUCACCUGGUGAGGGAACAACGACCCCUUUGCUGCUUAGAGUGGGGACUGAACUGCUCCCACUGCUCGUAUAAGAACACAAACGAUCAGCGCUGGACCAAUCAGCUUAUCAUUCUCUCGGCGGAAAAAGCGUGUAAUGGAAUCUACAACUUUAUCGUUCCGCUGCGUUCCCAGUUCAUUGGCAUGAAAUCACUAUGCCCUAUUAUUCUGCUUCUCGGAGAAAAACCGGAGAGGAUGUUCUUAGAGACCGUUUCCUUCUUCCCUCUCGUCUACUGGAUGUUGGGAACCAUAACCAGUGUGGAUGACCUACUAAUGGCGGGUAUCAACAAAGCUUCACACCUUGUGGUUGCCAACAAGGAAAUGGUCCAAUCAGUUUGCGAGGACACUCUUGCAGACUCGGAAACCAUCGUGGCAGUGCAGACUGUGUUUAAACUAUUCCCGAAAGUGAACAUUCUCACCGAGCUUAAGCAGGCGUCCAACAUGCGCUUCAUGCACUUCCGGGCACACGACGAGUACUCCAAGAAAAUAUCCGACAUCGAUAGGAAACUGAAGUCAAGAAUAAUGUCGAAUACGAGUCACAUCUUCUGUCUACCUUUCGCGUCCGGUCAGGUGUUCAGUGCCAGUAUGCUAGACACGCUGCUUUAUCAGACGUACGUUAAAGGUUACCUCAUCACGUUUGUGAGACUGUUGCUUGGAAUGGACGCUGAAAACAACUCCGGGCAUCUGUCAAGCAUCCGCAUAACACGUGCGACGCUGGAACAGUUUAAGACGUAUGGGGAGCUCUACCGCGCCCUUUGCUCUACCACCGGGGAGAUUCCUGUAGCCCUUUAUCGAACGGAAAGGCAGUCAAACGAUAAACCAUUUGGUACUGCCGCAACACGUUUUUCGUUUCAGAAUAACAAUAAACCGGACAAAUCGUCCAUGGCCAAAGGCAAGAACGGUCACCACAAUCAACAUGACAUACGUAAGGCGAGCAUGUGGCAUAUACAGAAGAAAUGGAACAACCAAAACCCUGAACAUAAGGAUAUUUACGACCUUAUACGCAACCGCAUGAAUUGUCUAGCACUAUCUGUAAACGACUACUGCGAUGAUGAGUACGAGAAGAACGUCAUCAGCUACGUGAUCCUUAACCCGUCUCCUAGGAAAAAACUGAGAAAAGGAGACCUCGUAUAUGUUAUUCAGCCGAGCUCCAUGUUAGCCAUUCCCAGUCGUCUCAACCGCACAAAGCAGAAACGUGCGAACCUUAAGCGUUCGGGCUCCGACACGGAUCUCAAUAAGCCCCUGAACAUAGGAAACACAUUGCCAAGGGAAAGAACUCACUCACUGACGACUAAUUUAUUUUAGUUAGUUCUUAUAGAUUUGUCUUUCCUAAGGGCAUUUUUGUGGAGUAGAUUGUCUUCCCUUAGUUCUUAUGAGUAUAGUGACUUCAAUUAUUUGGCUCUGUGAAAAAGAGCUCUCUUCAUUUUAAAUAAUGUACAAAAUAAGUGUUAGUUUGCAGAACUAGAGUGGUCAAAUGGGCUUUGUUUCUUAGUUUAAGCAGUUUUGAAGACAAACACGGUGGUUUCUGUAGAAUUUAGUGACCGCCCAAACAAUAUUUGCAUUUUGAGAAAGGUUUCGGAUUAAUGUACCACGGGAUGUUUGCACAGGUUGUUCUACAUUAAAGCAUGGACAUUUAUAUCAUGUCAAGAUUACCUAGAUGAAAGAAAGGCUUUUACAAUUCUUGUUAACCCUUUCAGUGCGGGAACCGAAUUUUGAAGGCCUUUGCAAACAGUUUGGAUCCAGAUGAGACGCCACAGAACGUGGAGUCUCAUCAGGAUCCAAACUGUUUGCUAUUCUGAUAAUAUUCUUUGAAAAAAAUCGAAGAAAAUGCUAAUUUUAGAAAUUCAGCAGACGACAUUUUAGCAGACGACAAAUUUCCCAGCAUAAAAACACUAUGGACCUUUUACAGAUGAUUAUCAUUGAAUCCUAUCGUUUAUGUGUGAACUACACAACACUGCUAUUAUCAUUGAAUCCUAUCGUUUAUGUGUGAACUACACAACACUGCUAUUAUCAUUGAAUCCUGUCGUUUAUGUGUGAACUACACAACACUGCUAUUAUCAUUGAAUCCUAUCGUUUAUGUGUGAACUACACAACACUGCUAUUAUCAUUGAAUACUAUCAUAUAUGUGUGAACUACACAACACUGCUAUUAUCAUUGAAUCCUAUCGUUUAUGUGUGAACUACACAACACUGCUAUUAUCAUUGAAUCCUAUCGUUUAUGUGUGAACUACACAACACUGCUAUUAUCAUUGAAUGCUAUCGUUUAUGUGUUAACUACACAACACUGCUAUUAUCAUUGAAUCCUAUCGUUUAUGUGUGAACUACACAACACUGCAAUUCUCUUUAAUGAACAUUAAACAUAAUUUUGAACAUGCAUCUUCUUCAAUAUGUCGAAGUAGGUCUAAGUAACUACUGGCAUCUAGUUUCAAAAAUUGAGCAAUUUUGUUUUUGUUUUUCAAGGAAUAUAACUCAAAGAGACCCGAUAAUGCAGAAACACGCUUACAAUUAUUUAUUCAAAUUCUUGGCUUGAGAAGUAUUAGGGAAAAUACGUUUUAGUGUUGUCAAGAGAAAUAAAUACCUGUUGUCUUUUUCUUGUGUGAAGACAUAUACUAUACCAAAAUCAUGUGUUGUUUUGUAAUAAAACAUAUUUUAUGCAAAAUAAACACACAAACAUUGGAAAAAGAUCUAUGUUUAACAUCAUUCUCCUAAGGAUUGUGCAAAAAUGAAAAUUGUAUACGUUGUAAUCGUUUGAUCUUGUUCCUUGCAAUCAUUGAAUUUUAUCAUUUUAGCAAAUGUGUUUAAAUAAAGUUGCGUUUAAUGGAACUUGAAUCUUUUUGAAAAAUAUCUUUAAAUGAAUUCACAAAAAAAACUUAGUUACUUUGAAUAGUAUAAAAUUAUAAGAACAACAAGAACAUUUCAGGCCUUUCUGGAGCACAAUUUAACUUGCUACCGCUGCACUUUUAAGAUCAACUGCACAUUUCAAACGCUAUGUAUUGAUACAAUACACAUUGUUUCAAUUAUUUAUUUUUUGAUCGAUGGUUUUCAAUUAACGAGCCGCUAAUGUUAACAGUUUUCUUGAAAGAUCCUUGAACGAAUCUCAUAAUAGUUGUAUUUUAACAUCAUGUUAUAGAGAUCAUUUAUGGUUUUGCUUAAAACAACAUGUAUACUGAAGCAUUAUAAAUUGAAUUGUUAACAAGUGUGUCUAUUUAUAAUAUCAUUGUUGUUUUCACUGUUGUUCUCUAAUCUAAGCGCAUCAAUGGACAUUUUAUUCUCUUUUAGUGUAUAUAUUGUGUUUACGUUGUGAGGUAGUUACCUGAGAUUGGCAUGUGUGUAUAUGAAGUGGAAUCUGUUGUCUCAAUCAUAAUGAUACUACCAUUUUAACAGUGUAAUUAUGUUCAGCUUAUCGCUUAUAAUUCAUGUUUUACGGAAAAAUGUACAUUUUUAAAUAUAUUUAAUAUAUGUAAAGCGCAAAGUGUAUACUUAGUUUACUUUACUAUUGCUGCAUGUUUUACAAAAUGUGUACAUUUUCAUUUAUAAAUGCACUAAGGCUUCACUUACGAGCAUUACUUUUCUGUACAUGACAUUGUUAAGUGUAUUGAAUGCACAUAUAAUGGGCACUAAAUGCAUAAAAUCAAUUCUCUACCAGUGCGGUAAAUGUAAAUAAAAUGCAAUGUUUGUUAAUAUAAUUGAUGUUAUCCAGACAAUUGUCUGCAAUACUUUCCUUGCAUCAAAUAAUCACAAAUGUAUACGCCGUCACAGUCUUGUAGAAACAUGUUAUCCAAUGUACAAAGGAAAUAUAUUUCCUUGCUUUGUUCAUUUUGUUGUAAAUUAUUUAGUGAAAACAAUGUCCAAACACUUGUUUUCAACGUUUCACAAUUAAGAACACUGCAAUGAAAACGAUGAAAUAAACCAUUAUUAUAAUAUAACUAACAUAUGAGAAAUGUUUAGUAACUUGUGAAGAACAUUGAUUCUAAUUUUGGAAAUUUUUACAAACUGAAUAAACCAUUAGGUUCUCAAAACAAUCUAAUUUAAUGUUUAUACCAUACACUUUCUUGAUUUGUUCGAGAAAAGUUAUUAUAUAAAUCUUAGAGUGUUUAACAAAAUGUAUCUUUGUAACUCUUGUACUUUAAAACAAAAUAGUAUUAUUAUGAUUAUUUAGUCU